AUGAACUGUGAAAUAACCGCGCAGACUUGUCAACCCCCCUUUCAGACGAUAAAAGUAACGCCGAAGACUCUAAAGUGACUCUAAAAUGCUGGAUUAAGACUGGUGGAAAUGUGGAAGAUUUGACCUGGCAGGGCCUUGAAAGUAACCUCCGGGCCAGUAAGUAAAGGUCUAUUUAGUUUUCACACGACGUCACUAAAAUUCAAACUACAAAGUUAUCGAUCUUACUGAGAUUUUACUUUCACGGUGUAUAAGAGCUGCUGAAAACUAAUUUUCAAAGAAAUUUUCGUUUCAGAAGGGUUCUUGGUUUUGUAAUAGAGUUCGCUUGAAUUUCUAAGCUUUUGCGUGACGCAGCAUUUACAUGACGGCCGAGAGGGCUGUCAUUUAGGUUAAAAAAGUGCCUUUUCGAGGAAUUUUGCUAUCUAAAUAGUUCGAAUAUUAGAAAAAUAUAUUACUUUAAUGUUUAUGAUUUCCUCUGGGGUAAAUUCACGCUUUUGUAGCAAAACUAGGUAACAGAUGUUUCUGUUGGUUUCCGUCAGCCAUGUUGGCCGAGCUCAUGCGAAUGAGCUCCAGCAUGGCGUCUCCGUACAAAGCUCUAUAAAUUUGGGUAAAACAUUUCCUCGGAUAUCUCGAAUACGAAUUAUUCCUUCGACCCAAAUCUUGGCGAGGGUCGUUGUAUAUUUACCUCCUUUCAUUUCCCAGAUCCUGGACUUUAUCUGUCGAAUGGUUUUGAUUUUUAUUUUGAUCUAUUUUGAAUGGCGUGACACUGAAAACCAGGAAUACUUAUUACAAAACUCUACCUGGUUUUCACAUGACGUCAUCAAAAUUCAAACUAAGAAACUGCCGUCUCUUCUGAGUUUCUUCUUUCAUGUGAUAUUAGAGCACCUUGAAAUCUUUAUACAAACAAAUUUUCGGUUCAAAAGGGUUCUUUGUUUUGCGAUACAGGACACUUGAAUUUCCAGGCUUUUGGGUGACGCGGCAUUUAGCUGGCGGCUGGGAAAGCUCUUAUGUGGGUUAAAAACAUUACGGAUUUUUGGAGAUUUUGCUAUCUAAACAUUCUUUGCCUUAGAAUAAACAUUGCCUUAAUCUUUAUGAGUUCCUCAAGCAAAGAAUUCACCCAUAAGUAGGAAAACUCAAAAACCGAUGGUUUUGUUGGUUUCCGGCGGCCACAUUUGUGCCCCUGAAAGAGACACAAACAUGGCGUCUCCAUACAAAGCUUUUUAAAUUUGGGUAAAACGUUUUUCCGAAUAUCUCGAAUAUGAACUGUUGCAUAGACCUGAUUCUUGGCAAGGCUUUUUGUAUAUUUAUCUUUUUUCAUUUCCCAGAUUCUAGACUUUCUGUGUUGAAAGGUUUCCAUUUUUAUUUCUGCUCUCCCACGUGAGUAAAAACCGAGAAUAUGACGGAUGUAAACCAGUCACGUAGAUGUUUUUCUAUAAAAUACCAUAGUGAGCAUUUUCUCCUUUUUCCUCUUUUGCAAUUUAUGGCUUAUAUAAAAACAUCAUGAUGGAUAAUUUUUGGUCUUCUUUUUACAUGUAUUAUGAAUGAUCCUUGAAGACCUCGUAGGUGGCUGACGGAGAUUUAAUUGCAUGGUAACGUCAGCCCUUACGGUUAGAGUAAUAUCAUAAAGCGGUUGAAGUUUCGUCCGGCUGAAUCACCUUCAACGUUAACAAACGCACUUUACUGAGUCCCUAAAUUAAAAUCAAACAAAAAUGAACUGCAGUAAAGCAUUAACGUGUUUGUUUUAGGAAAGUGUCACUUAAAAAAGAGAGAUCACUGUAUCUUAAAAGUAACUGAGUAGAUGACUUAUCAGCUUGGAAAGUAAGACGAAAAAUUCCUUUUCAGUUCCAGUUCAGAGAGUAUUUACGACAAGUUCUCCAGUGGAUUUCUAUCCUAAUACGACGCAAAUGGAACUUCAGUGUACCUUUAAGGGAUGGCCUCGUCCUCGUGUUGCUUGGUACAAUCCAGAUAGUAAACUAGUCAUCAACGGAUCUGAAAGCUUUUAUCUCUACGACCAACUGUUUGGAGAGGACACCUUAUCUUCUGUUCUUCGAAAUCCUAAUAUCCAAGAAAAACACGCAGGGGCUUAUAAAUGCACAGGAAUGAACAACAUUACUGGAUGGUCGAGUGAAAACACUUCGAUAAUUGAAAUGCGAUAUCGUUGUAAGUGA